AUGGACACAGACAGAACUACGAAGGUUUGAACAAUUUGAUGUAAAUAUGCUUUCUUCAAACGACAAAUUGUUAAUUUUGCGCUCCUGAGUGUCAGUAGGCGACUGAAUGUAAACAAUUGCUUAUUGAAUAGCCCUAAAACUCAAUGACUGUAUAUGUAGGAGUCAAGACCGCUUAUACAAAUUAAUAACAGGACUGUCUGAAAUAGCUAGCUGUCAGUCAUGUGUCUUCAUAAAUCGUGCCUGGUAGGCCUACUUUAGCUAUCAUCAAUAAUUGAUAUUGAACGCAGCAUUGGUGGGAAACUAAAGUAGCUUGCUAUAUCAAAGCUUAAUUUACAUUUAGAGAUCUAGCAAUACAGACUGUACUGUACUUUGAGGAUCUUGUUCACUGCGUACUGUAUCUUAUUUACCUGUUCUGUACAGCUGGAGUUUGCAGUGACAGUUGUGCAGAGAAAGUCCAAGCUGCACUGGAGGGAAAACCAGGCAGGUACAUUUUUACCUGUCCAUUCCACUACUCAAAUAAGUUAUUGUAGUAGGCUACUAACUACACUUCUGCUACAGUGUGCACAACUCAAUGUUAACUAGGGGUAUUGCCCCUAGGCUUCAUACCAAUCGUAAUACAGUAGAACAAAUUAUGAAUGUUGUUAUUAUUUACUUAGCUAUUACUGUUACAUCAUAGUGCAGUACUGUACAUUGCAAUUUAGUUGGCAAUACAGGGGCUGCUCUUGCUUUUGGUCAAAUACUUAACACUGGAACAAAACCACAGGGCCCCUCCAUGCAUUCCAAGCCAUCUAAAGCAUAGCCGGUCACAGGGCAGCAGUAAUCUCUAUUUUCUUCCCCCUUUAUUCCUCAUCUCUGUGUUUUCCCCUGCUCAUUGCUUUUCGCUGUCUCUGUUUUGUGUUCCUCACCCCUUCUUUCUCUCUCCUUUUUAGGAGUGUGGUCGGUGAGGAUAGACGUGGGGAAGGAAGAGGUUCUGGUGGAAGCAGCUCUGACAUCCCAUGAGGUGCAGGAUCUCAUAGAGAGCACUGGAUGCAGGGCAGGGUAAGGCUGCGGCCAUACUUUCGGACGCAUGAACACGGAUGAAAUUGUAUAUGACUUGCAUUCGUUGCCCGUCAAAAAAGUACAACACUUUUUGUUGCAUACUUCAAAAAACAGACAAUUUAUGUGUUUUCUGUCAGACAGUCAUCUCUGUUGUCAGUCACCCCUCAAUGGAUGACUCCCAUUAAAAAAAAGCAUUGCCUCUAUCCGAAAUACUCCAACACAAAAUCCCAAUGUGUCCACUGCCUAUGGAGGGAGCCAGCAUCCUGAGGGUGUAUGAACUACUUGGUGACUUCAGAAUGCCUGAAUACAUUGACAGACUAAUGUCCAAUAUUUAAGUUAUUAGUAGGCCUACAUCACAGGUGUAUGGGGCAGCAUAUGUGCUCUGUAUUUGUGUAUUCUACUAUAUGUGUGUGUAGUCUUUAUGUGUGUGUGUGUGUGUCUGUGUGUAUCAGACCUGGGUGCAGAGGUAGCCAUGAUGGGUGGUAGCGGUUCAUGGGGUGGUGCGGUUCCUGCAGCUGUCUGAGGAGCGCUGUCUGAUCGACGGGAUCAUUGAUGGUCUGGAACCUGGUGCCCAUGGCCUCCACGUCCACACGCUAGGAGACCUCACACAGGACUGCCAAAGGUAACCUGUGUGUGUGUGUGUGAAGCACACAUAAAUGUUAUAUUAGCACCAAAAUGCCAGUUAUAUGCAUUAUUUGAGGAUUUUUUAAUAUUAUAUUUUUCAUAGUAUAUUAUACUGUAUGCAUUGUUUUGGCCCCAAUUUUUUUUACAGCCUUCAGAGUUUCCUCAAAGUCAAUUAAAGGAACCCUUGAAUAGAUCUGUCACUUUAUGAUUGCAUCAAGGCAGCUCAUGAUGAGGUCACAGUUGCACCUGCUUGCCCCAGAGGAUCAUGGGAGCGGAUGACUCAUGUUUCUCUCUCCGUGUAUGUUUGUACAGCUGUGGAGAACACUAUAACCCCUAUGGGAGACAACAUGGCGCCCCACAGGACCCAGACAGUACAGUUUCCUUGCCUUCACUCAGAGUAGGGCUACACUGUAUAGUCCUGCUUCAGUACCUUGUGAAACUGGGGUACUUUCUGAGAUGUUCUGCUCUCAGGAAGUAACUUUUUACUGUCUCAAAGAUAUGAUUGGAUUGGUAUUGACUGAUAUUGAUUAGACAGAUAUUGGUUUACUUUUUUUGUUGCCUUUCACCUUUUCUAACUGGUCAAAUGCUAUUCAUGGUUGUGAUAUCCAUGUAAAUGUGUUUCUUCCAGCAUGUAGGUGAUCUGGGGAAUAUUGAGCUCAUGGUAGAGGAGAGAUGAGGAUAGCAUUUGGGUGGACUGACUGUAAGUCAGAGUUGAAGGAGUUAAUUAAUUGUAUUUGACCAUUUUAAAAUACAAUUAUAUAGGUUAUUGGAAUGUCUCUUAGUGAUAGUAUUCUGUGUAUAUUCCUGUGUGACUCGUGUCAUGUUACCUUCAUUGUCUGGACUUUGCAGGUGCUGGCCCUGUCUAUGUAUGUGUAUCUAUUGCUCUGUGCUCAUUGGGUACAGACUGGCCUGUGGGAUCAUCGCUCGCUCCGCUGGCCUGUUCCAGAACGCCAAGCAGAUCUGUGAGUGUGACGGG